AUGGAACGCGCCAUGCGAAGUUGGACUACCGUUUGCUCCCCCGCAACGAUAUUUCCCGCGCUCCGACCGCGCUCCGAGGAUACUUCUUUUGCUCGCCCACCUCAAAACGCAGGAACACGACUACAUCACUCGACAGGAAACCUUGCGCGCGACAACGGAAACAACAGCGACUUUCCCGGUUCUCGAACUGAUGGUGUAUUUUGGCAAUUAUGUACCGCUUCUACUCGGGCAAAUGGAAGCACAAACAAAUAUUCCAGGCGCCUGCUGUUUAUUACCUGGAAGUUUGUGGAAUACCACCUUGCCGCGCAGUCCGUCGACCCGACAGCUUUGCGCUUGAUCAUCAGCCAGAACGCAUCCGACAACUGGCUAGAAUGGUCAUCUCAGAUAGAACUGCUAAAUCUUCCAGCACUCUGGGUCGAGUUCUCCGCCACAUUCAAUUCCAUUGUUCAUCAGGACCCAGUCAGAUACGACAAGCGGUUCUGGGAAUCAGAUACCGAGUCCCAAAGUCUAAGGGUCGAUCACAUUGUCGUCCUACUGUGCGAUACCCUCAUCAACAUGUCCGUCCAGCUCGAAGAACGUAUCAUGAACAUACUCAACUCCCAGCCGCGCUACGAGGAUAUUCACGACAGCUUUCAACGCCAGCUCAACGCACCUUGUAAUGUCCGCGGUACAUUGAGGCUGUUGAUAGGGGCUUUUGCAUCCCUGUUGGGCCGACCACUGUACACUGGACUUUCUUGGGACAUGUUCAAAAUGCUCGUGGAUAGCGCACAGGCCGCCAGUGCGCACGACCCAGAAUUCACCCAUCGUGUGCAGCUGGCACUAUCUUCGCUCGGGUUCGAUCGCUUGCUCGACCCCAUGGCGGGGAAAGACGAUACAUGGGUAUGGGUCACUGACAUGGGACGUUACGGGUACGAAAUCGACAGCGACAGCGACAGCGACAGCAAAUUUGGUCUAGAUGACCUUCCAGAUGUCUGCUUUAACCCCGUAAGCCCUUCGCUCCAGGUGGAAGACUACGCACUUGCCGUAGCCGAUGCCUCUGAUAUCCCGGAAGGAGACUGCUCCAUUUGCCGCGACACCCUCAACGUCCACGAGCGAGCCCACGUCGAAAUUCCUGUCAAGAUUGACUGCGGGCACGCAUUUCAUUACGGCUGCCUCGGUACCCUGAUCAACUGUCUUGCCAAGUUCUCGAACUUUUGUCCUAAUUGCCGGCGGCCAGUUCUCCUGUCGGUUCAAAAACCCAUUCACUCCAACGUAGGCUACACCAAAGACGAAUCCACGACCAUGGCGACGAGCACACCUCUAUCCUCUUUAACUAUACUGUUCCACAUCCUACAAUCCCAUACAAGGACCCCAGAAGAAGGUAACAAAGUCCUGCAAGUCUACCAAAUGUUCGUUGACUACGCCUCACAGUAUCGCACUGAUCCCUUUGUAGCACCCCUCAACAACACUGGCAUACCUGAAGGAUGGCGCAACCUCCGCAGGUGGCUCCAUACGCAGCACCCUGAUACCAACACUCUUGAAGAGCUACCCUCCCACCAUGACGUCGCCGUCGAACUCAUCUGCAACAUACCGGAAGGCGGCACUCCAACACUAGCGAGAAUCGGUAAAGACUACGUAUAUUACAUUGGCGAGCAGUCAGGUUUUACGCUGAACACUCUAGAGCAAUAUGGAGGCUUCGAAGAACUAUUAGACUAUAUCACAAGACUGCAGCCACGAUGCGGAGAGCGGAUCAUCGAAUACGAAGAAAGAAUAGCCAUACACCGAGAUCCAGAGACAUAUUUGAUCGAAACUCUGCGCAAACAAAUCCACACUAUAAACCCGGAAAAGAUUACAAACACGAUGGCUGUGCUCUCGGAAAUCUCUGUACAUGCGGCCGCUUUCCUCCGCUUUUGUGGCUUCACGCUUACGGAGGAUAAGGUCCGCCACUUUUGCACGACAGCAAUCAUUUACGCUCGUUCUAUCGUUUCAGAGCUUUUCAGCAAGGUUGCUCUGGCUCUGAGGUGUAAAUUUGGCGCACCUCGAUGUAACAGCGUUGGCACGUUCACUGUUGCACCAAGCAUAUUAUAUCGCGAGAAUAACUCCCUGACCAAGGUCAUGCGCAGUCCGUUUCGAUUGCAAAGUUUCUUCGCUGCCAGCCCGAUGCCGCUUGCUAAUUUUGUUCCUCACGGAUGGACAGACAAGGAUGGGUACCAUUUCUACUAUGACGAGCUGAUUAUUCCAACGCUCGUGGAGGAUGCGCCUAGCUUGAUGGAGGAUGUGAGUAGGGAGCCGGAUAGUCCGCGACGGAGUCCGUUGAUCUGCUCUACGCCGGUAAAUACAGCAGAUGAUAUCGAGCCAAACACUAGUUGCGCAAUCUGCGGCGAUACACACUUUUUACUUCAAGGGCUAGAUCCGCAAAUGACUAUACGCGCGCGUUGCACUGGUAGACAUAUGUAUCACUAUGCCUGCUUAGCGACCUUGAUCAACGGCAUUGACGCAUACGCAAACAAGUGUCCUAUUUGCCGUCAGGAGAUUUGCUCACUGCGGCGUAGUAGACCUGUCAUCGAUGAUGAGGUGGAUUAG